CUUGUUGACACUUGAUACAUUUCGAUACACAUAUAUAUUGAAUGUUUCCAAAAUAAAAAGAAUGAAUAGAAAGGCCUUCCCCAUAGUUUAGUUCUUUUCUUCAUCGUAAUAACUACGUAUUUAUUUUCAGAAAAAAGAAAAGUAAAAAGGGAUAUUUUUAUAAAACGUGCAUUUUUAAAUUAAUUGUUAAGAAUGGUGACGAAACAAAGUUAUGAUUAUGGAGCAAUCUUAGAGCGGCAUCCUGAAAUUAUAUUAGUAUCAGAAUCACCUGUCACUUGGUAUGGUUUUUUAAUCAUUUCGCAUUCAUUGUGCACUGCAUAUGAUUUCCAAAGUCCCAGAGUAAAAUUAAAAUUAAUCAUGUCCGCUUAUCCAUCAUUUGAACAAGCACAUAUAGAGUUUGGUAGACAAAUAGCUUCUCUGCGAAAUAAAGAAUUCCAUAAAAGGGUGAAACAAUUAAUGACUACAUUCAAGUCUGAACAAACAGUAUCUUCAUUUUUAACACAGUUACAAUCACUUAUUGGAGAAUAUAUGCACAAUACUAAGACUCUCAUACCUAAUCCUGACACUAUGAGAUAUUUCCUACAAGAAUUGAAAGCAGCUCUUCAUCAUUUACCUGAUAUGAAGAUAUCAUCUGAUCAAAAUUUAAGUAUUAUCAAAUUACACUAUAGAGAUGUAUCUAUUACAUUACAAAGAUGUAAUAAUACUGAACUUCCUUGGACAGUUAUUGCUUCUGAUUUGCCUAAUAUUCCAUCAUUUGAAGGCUUUGAGAAGAAUGUAACUAAUUUGAGUGUUGCAAAGACUAAAUUCAAAUGGCAAGUGGAAAUAUUGAGAAAAGCAUGGGAACAAUUAGAAGAAAUUGAUGAAAAUUGCUGGGUGAUCGAUCCAUUGAAGCCAAAUAAAAGCCACAUGUAUAGACGCAUCCAUUUGUCUCAGUCUUUAUCUGUAACAAUUAUAAUAGAUGAUCCAUCGAAUCCUUUGCCAAUAAUUAAAUUCUUAGGGAGCGACAAUGAAGUAAAACGACAAAUGGAUGAUGUUUCCAAUAAUAUUCAUAAGUGGAAUUAUGAUUGCAGUAUUUUUGAAAACCUAAAAAUGCUGUUAAAUAUGUAUGAAUUUUCUGACCCAGAAAGUAUAGAAGAGAAGAACGUCGUUAUCAAUAAUCGUGAGUGCGGUAUAUGUUUCUCGGACGAAUUAUCAGACAAAAUAUGUAAUAAUGAAAAAUGCAUGAAACAUUUUCAUUCAGCAUGUUUAUCAAGGUGGUUACAAACAAACAGUGGAAAUCAAGUUGUGUUUGACCAUAUUUAUGGCACCUGUCCAUAUUGCAAGGAAAAGAUUUCCUGUUCCAUUAAACAAUAAAAAGGUACAUGUGACACCGAUUGAAAUCCUGCGAUAAGAUGUAUCCUUGUCAAUUCUGUUUCAUCAUCAACGAUCAUUUUAGCAAUGGGAUAAAGUGCUGCUAUUCCCGAACCGAUACUGAACAUAACAAUCUGUCGAAAACUAUCAUAACAGUGUGAGUUGUGACACAAUUUUAUAAUUAUGUGAACAAAUAAAUCUUCACAUACCUGUUA